AUGCUAUUUCUGGUAUUCCUUGUAGCUGCGGCUCAGGCGGCCGACGAGUUGAUCACGUUCACAGCUUUUCAAGAACAGCACGUCCACUUCCCAAAUAAUGUCGCAGCCAUCAACAGCACGGUGACGGUUCAUGCUCAAAUUCAUGCUCAGGCAAAACGAUGGCGCAUCAGCUUAGUGUCCAACGACCUAUGGAGGGUGGUGAUUGCCCUGGAUUCGGUGGUGGAGCAGAAUUUGCAUUAUUACGCUUCUUCGCUUGAUAAUACCCGUACCCUAGCCCCAAAGUGGAUCCUCGGCUCUCCGGUAUACAACCGUCAGCCCUAUGGGCCGGGCAAAAUCAUGGACGUGACAAUGAAAAUCGUCGGUGAGCGCCAGAUCCAGGUUUCAUUCGGAAAGGGGGCCGGAGUGCGAGGACAUCUCUACACUCUUCCUGAGGAAUUCCCGAAUCUCGCCACGCAGAGCCAUACCGUUAUUGUUUCCGGUGAUCUCCGUUCGAUCAAAAUCGGCGGCACGGCCAUCGGCAGCAACAACCAAUACGGAGGCGCUCGCGAUAUCAACGAGAAUACAGCACCGGAAUUCUGGGAAGUGAUCUCCGACGAGCACGGUAUCGACCCCAAUGGCUCCUACGUCGGCGAUUCCGACCUGCAACUCGAACGCAUCAACGUCUACUACAAUGAGGCGUCGGGCCAAUCCGGUGCCGGCAACAACUGGGCCAAGGGCCACUACACCGAGGGAGCGGAGCUUGUCGACAACGUGCUCGACGUUGUCAGGAAGGAGGCGGAGAGCUGUGAUUGUCUACAGGGCUUUCAAAUGACCCACUCGCUGGGUGGAGGUACCGGCUCGGGGAUGGGGACGUUGCUGAUCUCGAAGAUUCGGGAGGAGUAUCCGGAUCGGAUUAUGAUGACCUUCUCCGUCGUGCCGUCACCAAAGGUCUCCGACACGGUCGUCGAGCCGUACAACGCGACGCUGUCGGUGCAUCAGUUGGUGGAGAACACCGACGAAACCUUCUGCAUCGACAACGAGGCUCUAUACGACAUCUGCUUCCGCACCCUGAAGCUGACCACACCCACCUAUGGCGACCUUAACCACUUGGUGUCGAUGACAAUGAGCGGGGUGACGACUUGUUUGCGGUUCCCUGGUCAGCUAAACGCCGAUCUCCGAAAGCUGGCGGUGAACAUGGUGCCAUUCCCGCGUCUCCACUUCUUCAUGCCCGGAUUUGCGCCGUUGACUUCUCGUGGGUCACAACAAUAUCGAGCCCUGACCGUGCCCGAGUUGACGCAGCAAAUGUUCGAUGCGAAAAACAUGAUGGCAGCAUGCGACCCUCGGCAUGGAAGAUACCUUACCGUCGCUGCCAUGUUCCGUGGACGGAUGAGCAUGAAGGAAGUAGACGAGCAAAUGCUGAACGUCCAGAACAAGAACAGCUCGUACUUUGUGGAAUGGAUCCCGAAUAACGUCAAAACUGCCGUCUGUGAUAUUCCACCACGUGGUGUCAAGAUGGCUGCGACUUUCGUUGGAAAUUCGACGGCUAUUCAGGAGCUGUUCAAGCGCAUCUCCGAGCAAUUCACUGCAAUGUUCCGGCGAAAGGCCUUCCUUCACUGGUAUACCGGCGAGGGCAUGGACGAGAUGGAGUUCACCGAGGCCGAGUCGAACAUGAACGAUCUCGUCUCCGAGUAUCAACAGUAUCAGGACGCUACCGCCGACGACGAGGGCGAAUUCGAGGCGCACCACGACCAGGAGGAGGAG